AUGGAAAAAGAGGAAAUAACAGGCUGGAGAACCGCUUUAAAAGAAAUGCAUUCCGCUCUUAAUAAACAGUCUGAAAUUAACACCUCUUUGCAUCACUCAUAUGCGUCAUUGGACAAAAAAGUCAGCUCUAUAGGUUCUACAUUUCCUGUUCACGGCAGGUGGCGGUGGGGUGGUAUAUCUAGCGUUUAUCCUAAAAGUCAUUCAUGUGGCAACGGCCAUCACGCACAAGACAUCAAUUUUGUCGGCCAGCUUAUUAAUACUGACAGUAGGACGUUUGUUUGGGAGAAAAACAAGCCUUACAUCGUGAUAACUGGUGCAGGCUGUUACUGGUGA